GCGGGUGCGCGGCGGCGGCGGGGUGGCUGGGCCGGCGGCGGCGGCGGUACGAGGCGCGCGCUCGGGGUCCCGGUCGCGAGGAGGAGGAGGAUGUGGCGCGCGGAGGGGAAAUGGCUGCCGAAAACAAGCCGGAAGAGCGUUUCCCAAAGUGUAUUCUGCGGAACUAGCACCUACUGUGUUCUCAACACCGUGCCACCUCUAGAAGAUGAUCAUGGGAACAGCAAUAGUAGUCAUGUAAAAAUCUUUUUACCGAAAAAGCUGCUUGAAUGUCUGCCGAAAUGUUCAAGUUUACCCAAAGAGAGGCACCGUUGGAACACUAAUGAGCCCAUCUCCAUCAGUUAGCUACUGUUCUCUGUCUAUACCGAAAGGCUCUUCAGUGUGCCAUUUUCCAUCUAAUCCCAGAGCACUGUGACAGUGAGCCUUCCAGAUAAAGUGCCCACCCAGCCAGUUUGGAAAGACACCAUAUUUUAUAAGAUGAUCAGUUUUUGAGAAACUUCGGUUGUCAGAAGACUGAUGUUGUUGGCUUCGUCAGGGAAAGAUCUGGAAAAAAGAUCCAAGAGGUUAGUUCAAACCUUAUGUAGGGAGUUCUCAGGGUAGGUACUACCUACUGAUGGUCUCUCGUAAUUGUUCCAUUGCGGGCAGUCUUACUGGUAUGAGAGUAAGUACAGCCAUCUGCACUGUAUAUUUCCACAUUUCCUUCACUGUACUGUUCAUCUCUGACACUGACAUAAGUGCACCAUGACAACAAAUUAGUAUGGCUUUCAAAAUACUUUACUAAUAUGUAGUGAAGAUUAAUCUCACUUGGCUUUCUUUUACCAAAAUAGUUGUUUUCCUUCAAACCCACUCAUUAAUUUUCAUUUUUCUUACUGUUUGAUUUUUUUUUUUUUUUUUUUUUUUUGCAUUAUUCCUCUUUACCACUAAAUUAUCUACUUCUGAUUUUCUGUGAAUUGAUGCUGGUGUUAUUGGUUUAGCCCUGUAUCUUCUCUUUCUUUCAUGAGAUUGCAUUGGAGAUACAAUUUAGUCUUCAGCCAGGUUGACUUCUUUAGUUUUUGGAAUGUGGACUGGAAACGUUAUGUGUGUGUGAAUAACUGUUACAUGUAUGUUAUGUACGUGUAUGUGUGUUCUGUGCACAUGGGUAUUAUUACAUAUAUGUGUAUGGGUCAGUGUUUAUGUCUGUGUAUGUAGGUAAAUGUUAUAUGUAUGUGUACAUGCCUGUGUUCUAUUUAUGUGGGUAAAUUUUAUAGGUCUGUGUGUAUAUAUUCUGUGUAUAUGGAUGAAUGUUUACAUGUAUGUGCUAUGUAUGUGGGUAAAUGUUAAUAGGUGUGAUGUAUGCGUGUGUAACGUGUUCCCUGUGUGUGGCCGAAUGUUAUGUGUGUGUGUGUGUAUGUGUGUGUGCUAUGUAUGAGGAUUAGGUAUGGUUUGAAGAGCGCUCUUGGUACAAGUUGUUUAUUAUACGAUGCUAAGGUUAUACGAGGUGGCUGGAUCUGGCAGCCUCCUCUUCUCCUGUUGAGUGCACCUCCAGCACCCUGUGCCUCCAGGAUGAUCCUACUUACUUUUUUUUUUCCAGGUUUUUUUUUUUUUUUUUUUUUAACGUUUAUUCAUUUUUGAGAGACGGAGACACAGUGCGAGCAGGGGAGGGGCAGAGAGAGAGGGAGACCCGGAAUCCGAAGCAGGCUCCAGGCUCUGAGCUGUCGGCACAGAGCCUGACGCAGGGCUCUAACCCACAGGCUGUGAGAUCGUGACCUGAGCUGAAGUGGGGCGCUCGACCGACUCAGCCACCCGGGUUCCCUGUGAUCCUACUUACUUUUUAAGAAUGGUUUGGAGGAUCCCAGGAGUUAACAGAUAAAACAGCUAAUAACAUAAUACGUUAUAAAACAUUAGUUCAGUUGCUUGUAUGUAAAGUAAAUAAAUACUAAAUAAAAUACAAAAAGCACUUAACUUUAUGUAAAAUGAAAGGUUGAAAUGUUGGAUUACGUUGGAAGAACUGUUUAUCAAAAGACACCAGCAAGUACAUGAAAAGUCAGGCCAUAGACUAGGGUUGGCCAACAGAGGCCUGUAAUCAGAAUAUUUUGAGGAAAAGACUGACAAACCCAAUAGAAAAUGGGCCAGAGACUUGAACGGGCACUUCACAGAUGGUCAGCAUACAUAGGUCCUCAACAGUCAUUGGGGAAAAAGUAACUAAAUCCGUGGCACCGUGCCAUCAUACGCCCAAAUGACUAAGUUAAAAACAGCAUCAGGUGCUGGGAGGGAACAGAGCAGUGGGAACUUUCGUACACUGCUGAAGGUCAUCUAUGUUAGUGUUGGAAAACUAGAAUUACCUAUCAGAGUGCAAGACAUGCACGCCACGUGUCUCGGCAGCUCUCCUGCUUAUGCAUAUUCCCAGCCGAAACGCGCGUAUGUAUACCAAAGAUACGUACAAGAACGUUCUCAGGAGUGUGAUUCCAGAUUCCCCAAAACCAGAAAUAGCCCAAAUGCUCACCAACAACAGAAUGGAAACAUUAAUUGUGUUAUAUUCAUAUAAUGUAAAAUUGUGCAGCAAUGAAAAUGAAUGAGCUUAUUCUAUAUUCAGGCAGUGGAUAGCUCGCAAAGUAUGGUAUGAAGGAAACCAGACUCUCAGAUUAUAUUGUAUAUAUUGUAUGCUUCUGGAUACAAGUUCAAAACAUUUCAGAAGCAGGAAAAUGAACUUACAGGUUGGAUGUCAGAAGUAGGUACCUUUGGAGAGUAGGGGAGCCAGUAAUGUUCUGUUUUUGAUUAUGGAUGUGAUACGUGUACACGGACACAUACAAAUACACUUGUGAUUUGUGUUUUUUUUUUGUUUGUAUAUAAUAGUUUGAUAAAAAGUUUGUUGAAAUGGCAUAUAGUAUAAAAUAGGUUAUUAAAGAACAAUGAGAAAUGAGCAAAAUACAGCUCCAUGCGGUGGCAGGGAAGAAUCUCAAAAUGUAACGUUUGAUUCUAUUUGUGUGAAGUUUGAAAAGAGCCAGUGCUCAGCCAGUGUCAAGGAAGACACGUAACUCUGGGCGCCAGUCAGGGCAGCAGAAGCACCAUGAGUGUUACGGAAUAAGGGAUUUAUUUGUUGGAAGAAUAGACUGUAUGCACCUGUGGGAGAAGCUAGAGCAGGAAGAGCCCAGAGGGAGAAUUAGGUUAGAGAAGCAUCGAGAAGCCCCUCCUGAAUCUCUGGGUUGGGGGUCAGGGGCAGCCUGCAGGGUGCUGGGAAGCCAGGCAGGAAAUGCUGUCACCUCUGGCCAGCUGCUGCCUGGCAUGUAGGGGUAGGUGAAGCCGGAGGGGGGGCCGGGAAGUUCAGGAGGCAGAGUGUCUUUUCUUGGUCAUCAGGGCUAGCCAUUGGGGAACAAAGCUAGUGUCAGAAGAGGAAGCACGUAGACAAGCUGGAAUCCUCUGGCCCCCGUUUCUGUCUGCCCCCACUUUCUGAGAGCUGAGGCUGUUCCGCUUCCACCUUUUAAAUCUCAGGCGGACUCAGAGAGGGAUCCUGGGAAAGUCCAGCUUGACCAAAUCAAUAGAGGUUUGUACGGCCACAGCGAUGUUUGCACAACCUUGUGAAUAUCCUAAAAUACUCUUUAUCGUAUGUGAAUGAAUGAUAUCUCUGUAAAGCUGACAUUUAAACAAAGACUGUGAUAGGUUGGAAAUCCCAAAGAAAAGCAAGGGAAUAAUGAGGCCAAAAAUCAGGGUAGUAGUUACCUUUGGGAGAGAAAGGAGAUUUUGGAGAUUAGGAACUCUUUCUUGCUACGGGUGGGGCUUCCACAAGUGUUUGCUUCACGAGUGCUCAGUCUUCCGUGGGUACGUGUUGCAGCACACACACACAGGAGACGGAAAUUCACAGCCAAGUGCAGUAGGUGGGGAGUCUGCGGUUUAUCAAGUUGUGGGGGCUCAGUGUGCUCUAGUCUUUGAUUUCUAGCUUUUUAAUGAUUAGAAGAUGUUAAGGUGGAUGAUUUAAAUGUCCCCGCUUGGGAUCUGGAAGUCUGAGGGUAGUCGUCCGCGUCCGUGUAACAGUGAGGCGUUAUUCCCAGGGAUGCAGGGGUGGGCAUCGAGGCCUCCAGGGCUCCUGAAACAUCCAUGAGUAAGUUUUGAAAAUAGGCUAAUGGGAUAUUUCUAUCACUUUUUACCGCAUAUGUUUGAUUUUAAAAUUUCAACUAAUAUUUCUUUGUACUUAAAGUAAGCAUUCGUAACAAAUCUGUUUUGAUAAUGAGAAAUCAAAACAUUCUCAUCAUCUAAAACUUACUUUAUCUACUUUUCAUUUUACAUGGAGCCCUUUUUUUAUUUGAAUGUUUGUUAUGGUUCUUUUUAUCCUCUUUGUAAUGAGGAAGCAAUUGCCCAAAUAAAGAAAGCUCUGCAGCUUUCCUGCCUGGGGCUGUAGUUGUACCAGAGUGAGGAAAUGGGCGUGAAGGUUUUUACAGAAGUUCAGAAACAAAGAGUAUCUUGUACCCUUCCUUUGUAAAGGCCAGAUAAUUUUCUGCUGUAGUUAUGUAGACUUUUAGCUUUAUGUUCUUUUGGUGUAAGGCAUACAUAGCCAGUUUUUUGAAUGACCCAUUUUAACUCCUUAACUAACAGAAGUCCCCUAACCAUUAUUUCUACGUGGGUUAAAUUUCUUUCUUCUUCUUUUUCUUUUAAAGUUUAUUUAUUUUGAGAGACAGAGAUUUUGCGUGUGUGAACAGCAGGAGGGACAGAGAGAGGGGAGAGAAUCCGAAGCAGGCUCCUUGCUGUCAGUGCGCAGCGCCCUGUGGGACUUAAACUCACAAACCGUGAGAUUAUGACCUGACCUGAAAUCCAAGAGUCGGCCCGACGAAGCCACUCAGGUGCCCCUAAAUUUCUAAUAUAGAACCUUGUUACUGUUACUUAUAGUGCCUCUGGACUAUCUGCAAAACUUCAGUGAUACGUUUGUUAAAUAAUGAGACUCUUAGGGUUUUAUUUUGAAUCAAAUGUCACUCUAUAGUUUUCCAUUAAAGAAAUAACAUUUUUGGUGGGGGGCCUGGGUGGCUCAGUUGGUUGGCAUCUGACUCGUGAUCUCUGCGUAGGUCUUGAUCUCAGGGUCAUGAGUUUAAGUCCUGUGUUGGGCUCUGCUCUGGGUGUGGAGCCUACUUAAAAAACAACAACAACAGCAACACUUUGGGUAAUUUCUCUAAGCUAGUUAGUUGAGCAUUUUGUCUGUUAAUCUAUUUGUUCAGCGAUCAUUUUGAGUGCCAGUUGUGUGCCCCAAACUCUGAGAUAAGUCUAGCCAUUUGGAAGGAAGGGAAAGGUGGUCACAGUCAUGUAGAAAGACAUCGAUAAAAAGUAAUUGCAGUAUGGUGCAAUAAAGCAUAUAAUGAAAUUAUGAAGUAUGUAUGUACAAGGUAAAUUUGAGGCAUAUAAAUGGUGGCCGUUGUAUAAAAAGUGCAGAUGAAGUUUUGAAGAUGAUUAGGAGUUUGCUAGGCAACGAGAAUCAGCAAGAAAACUUUCCAGGCAGAAGGAACUACUUGUGUAAAGGAGUGAAAGCAGGAGUGACGUGGGUGAUCAGGAAUGGCUGGCACAGGGUUUGAGGAGAGUGAUGGAGGCGGUAAGGUUAGAGAGACUAGUGGCAGCCAGCUCACAGAAAGCCUCGUGUGACGCUGGGUUUACGUUUUUAUCUCAUAAGUAGUAGGGAUCCACUGAGAGAUUUUAAUCAGAAAAGUAAAAUGAUCAGGUUUUCAUUUUAUACAGCCACUCCUUGGACAGUUUAGAGAAUGGUUUGGAGGGAAGCUGGAAAUCUGGGGAGGAAUCCAUACCAGGGAUAAUGAAGACCUGUUUCUAGGCAAUGGCAGUAGAGAAGGAACUGACCUAGAAUCAGUAGGAUUUGUCGUGAUCUCUGAGAUGUGACGGCGAAGCAGAGGAGAAGUGACUAAGACUGUAGUUUGAAUGAUAGUGGUACUGUAGAUAAUGGAAUAUGGAGAGAAGAGCAAGUUUCAAGACAUUGAACUUAAUAUUUGUAGAGUUGUGCUUAGAGCAUCUGUGGAACAUCUAGAUAAGAGAUCCUAGAAGGCAGUUGUGUAUAGGUCUGGGUGCUCGGGAGAGAGCUUGAAGAAACUGAUGUUAUAGGUGACACGUCCCAAGGAGAGUAGGGAGCAUCAGGAAAGGGGGAGGUUUGAGAAAUGAACCAUUUCCCCUCAUCCUGUCUGGAAAGUAAGAGAAUGAGGGGAAUAGGAAGGAAAUUGAGCUUAUGAAGGAGACUCAGAAGGAAUAGCUGGAGAGGAAGGGAAUUGGGAGGAUCACAGAAAGCAAGGGAGGACAGCGUAGCAAGGAGAAUGAGCAGGAGGGAUCAGCAGUACCACACUGCAAAGAAAACUCCUAUAAAUAUUAAGAAAAUAUUUUUUAAUUUUUGUGUGAUUGAGAUAUCAUCUAGAGGAGGAAAUGGAGGGUUAUUUAUGUAAAUGGAAUUUGGACAAUUGGCUUACCAAUUAAAAGAUAGAUAAGGUUAGGUCUGUCCCUUAUACCUGAUACAAAAUGACUCUAAAAAUUAGAUGUAAAAAAUAGAGAUAAUAAAAAUACUAGCCCCCUGUUGGACUCCGUGCUGACAGCGCGGAGCCUGCUUGGGAUUCUCUCUCUCCUUUCUCUCUGCUCCUCCUCCUGCAUGCUCUGUCUCUCUCAUCUCUCAAAAUAAAUAAACAUUAAAAAGAUAAAAUAAAAAUACUAGAAGAAAAUAUGGGUCCAUAUUUACACAGUGUUCAGUGUUCUUAAUGACACCAAAAUUAGGAAAAGGCUAUAAAUUGGACUGCAUAUAAAUUCACCAUUUCUGUGUGCUAAAAAUACUGUAAAAUUAAAAUAUAAAUGGCAAACUGGGAGAAAUAUUUGCCACAUAUUUGACAGUGGUUUAAUAUCCUUAAUAUAUAGAAGAUCUGUUAAUAAAAUGAGUAACCAGAGAUAACUGGUUAAGCAGUUAGUCAUUGAAGUGGAUUUAUCUCUACUUCCUUCCAAAAGUUUGAUAAAAUGAUAGAAGAGAAUCACAAGAGGUAUAAACUCCCAAAGAUAGAAAAUAUGGGAGUGGAGAAAUGGUAGAUUAAGUGGUUUGACCCUCUUUCUUCCAAGUAGAAAAGCUGGACAUAACUUACGAAGGUAAUGGGGAGCUAGAAGAUGGUGAAGAUUUAUUUGUGAGGCCAAGAUCUGUGGGAGGAGGGCAGCUAAUAGAUAUGCGACCAGAUUUGAAUCUAUUUCUGCCCUAGAGGAACUUGCUAAUUCAAGAAGAGGCAGGCAAACAAGAAGCUGAAAAACUGAACAGAAAUUUUGAUGGACUCAAGGGAUUGGAGGGUGGAGGACAAAAAUGAUACUUUGAUACAGAUCAGGGAGGAGGGACCCUGGAAAACUUCUUAGGCUGUGAGCCGAGGUCUCAAAGGCCUGCAUGCUAGGAAUAGCAGUCUCUCAGAAGUGCUGAAGUUUAACUUCAAAUCCUCUUUUAAUUUUUGACUGGAUCAAGGUGAUCUUGAUAGAAAUAAAUGUAAAUCCUUUCUGGAAGAAGAUAACAUUACCCAGAACCUCACAUGAUAUCUGCAUUUAUUUACAACUGGCACUCAUCCGAUAGAUGAGAUUUUGACACUUUGGCUGAAACCAAGAGAAACAACAGACUGUGGAAGAGGAGCCACAGGGUUCCAGAUAAUGACAUUUUAGAAAAGGGUGAUAUACAUAAUAUGUUUAAAGAAAUGAAAGACAAGGGGCGCCUGGGUAGCUCUGUUGGUUGAGCUUCCGACUUGGGCUCAGGUCAUGAUCUCGCUGUCUGUGAGUUCAAGCCCCGCGUUGGGCUCUGUGCUGACAGCUCGGAGUCUGAAGCCUGUUUCAGAUUCUGUGUCUCCCUUUCUCUCUGCCCCUCUCCCACUCAUGCUCUGUCUCUGUCAAAAAUAAAUAAACAUUAAAAAAAUAAAAAUAAAUAGAAAUCAAAGACAAGAUGAAGAAUCAGGGAACAGGAAAUUUUAAAAAAAGGAAAAAAAAAGAUAGAACCAGAUGUAAAUUCUUGAUUGAAGGAUUAUAACUGAAUUGAAAUUCAGAGGUUAAUUGAUGGACUUAACAGUAGAUUAGUAGUAGCAAUAAAUUGAAAAGAAAUAUUCAGAACGAUGAGAAAUAUGGAGAAAGAUGGAUAGGAAAUACAUCAGAGAAUGUAUGUAUGAUGCGAGUCAGUGAAAAUGUUGAAUGAGCACGUGUUUGAAAUCCAGUAAGAGAGGAAGGAGGAAUGGUACAGAAGCAGUAUUUGGAGAGAGAAUGGCCGAGAAUUGUCUAUAACAGACAAAAGCAUCGGAUCACAAAUUCAAGAAAUACCGUAGACCCUAAGCUAGAUAGAUGAACUCAGAUAAAAUCUCGCUGAAACAUAAGAUUGCUGAAAACCAGAGAUAACAAGAAAAUCUUAAAAGUAGCCACAGAAAAAUCACAUAUUACAUUCAAAAGAGCAGUAAGACUGACAGCUAAUUUCUCAAAAGCAGCAGAAGUCAAAGACGACGGAAUAUUUUAGAAAUACAAACAAGAAGGUGAACUGCUGGCCUAGAAUUCUAUACCCAGCAAAAAACCUUUUAAAAGUGAAGACAAAAUACCAUCUUUUCUUUAUCAACAAAAAAUGGAAAGAAGUGAUCCCACCAGACCUGCACUGGAGGAAGUAAUAGUGAAGAUUUUUCUUUAGGCAGAAAGAAAAUGAUCCUGCAGGAGAGCUUUAAGGUGCAGGCAAAGUGAAGAACAAAACAAGGGUGGAUGCAAAUGAAUCGAUGUAUAGGACAGCAGUAGUGUCUUGCAUGGUUUAUGAUAUACAUAGAAUUAAAUAUAUAUAGUAAUGGCAUAUAAGUUGUGGGGAUGUAAAUAGUUAGCAGCGUGUGGUUGUGCAUUGUCCAGGAGGUGGCAAAAAUAUUAAUUUACUUAAGACUGAUAAAUCAAGGAUGCAUGUUGUAAUCUCUAGAUGUUCGUUAAAAGAAUAGUAAGAGAAUAUAUACCUACCAGACUGACAGAAGGGAAAUAGAGAGGAGGAGGAGUUGUCAUCAAGUAAAACUUGGUUAAUCCAAAAGGAGGCAGGAAGACAGAAGAAGGAACAUAGAACAUUUGGGACAGACAGGGAGCAAACAGUAAGAAGGUAAAUUUAAACCUGUGAUAUUAGUAAUUAUAUGAAAGAAAAAUGAACUAAAGUUUUCAUUUAAAAUACAAAAAUUGACAGAGCAGUUUAAAAAAUAAAGUGGAGCAUAACUUCAUGCUGCUUACAAGGAUGCAGAUAGGUAGAAAGUGAAAUAGUAGAAGAGGAUGGAUCACUGAGACACUAUCUGAAAGGAAGCUUGAUUAGGUUAAUAAAGUAGAACUUCGGGCAGAGAAGCAUUGCUAGGGAGAAGGAGAGACAUUUCAUAAUGAUAAAAUAGUCAGCUCAACAGAUCUGCAUCUGUAUGUACCUGAAAAUAAAGUCUCAACAUAUGCAAGGCAAAAAUUGACAAAAUUAACAAAGAAUAGACAAAUCCAAAAUCACAGUGGGAAAUUUUAAUGCUUUUUAUUAACUGAUAAAGAAUCAGGGUAUAAAAUAUCUCAAUUACACAAUUAAAAACUUGAGUUAAUUGAUCUUACUGGGUUUACCAGUAGACUAGACCCGGUGGGACAGAGAACAAGUAAUCUGAAAUGAUAAAUAUUAAAAGUGAAUAAAAUGAAAUAUGAAAUAAAUAGGACACUGCAUCCAAUAUCUAGAAACUGUAUGUAUUUUUUAUACAGUCAUGGAACAUUUAUCAAAAUUGCUGAUCCCCAAAGUAAUUCUUGACAGAUUUCAAAAGGUUGAAAUCAGACUUAUAAAGAUAGGCUUCCUGUUUGAAAAAUCAGUAUAAAUCACCAAGUUAAUAAAGUAAAGCAGAAAAAUAAUGUGAUAAUGUCAAUAGAUACAAAAAUUGCUUUUGAUAAAAUUGAGCAUCCAUUUAAAAUGAAAUCCUAGAACACAUCAUGACUAAAUCGUAACAGUCCUUAAUUUGAUAGAGAUUAUGUAGCAGACAUCAUGUUUAAUAGUGAAAUGUUGAAAAUUUUCUUUCUGAGCCUGGGGAAGAAAUUAAGUUACUUUUACUGUUACCAUUUUUAAUCAUUAUUUUACUAGAAGUCCUACUUAGUUUAAUAAGACCAGAAAAAUAAAAAGCACAAGUGUCUGAAGGUAAAGAAUAAAACUGAUUUUGUAGAUGACAUAAUUGUGUACGAAGAAAAUCCAGAAUAUUUCCUUAUAAGUUAAUUAUGAUUAAUAAAUAAGGUUGCAAGAUUUAAGGUAAUGCUGGACACAGUCUCAAUUUUAUAUACCAACAACUAACAAAAUGUAAUAAAAAUAUCACUUGAAAUAACAGCAAACUUUUCAGAAUUAAUCUGUAGAAACAUGAGGUAUCUAUACAGAAAACAAAUAUUGAGAAAAGUUAAAGAUCUAAAUAGAGAGAUAUACCAUGUUCAUGGAUUAGAAGUCUCAAUAUUGUAAGAUGUUGAUUCUUCUCAAAUUCAUCUAUGCAUUAAAUUUUUUUUUUUUAGUUUUAUUUAUUAUUUUUUAGGGGGGGGGGCGGCAGAGGGAGAGAGAGAAUCCUAAGCAGGCUCCAUGCUCUGUGUGGAGCCUGACAGGGGGCUCAAUUCCAUGACCUUGGGAUCCUGACCUGAGCUGAUACAGAGUCAGACACUUAUCCAGCUGAGUCGCCCAGGUGCCCUCAUCUAUGCAUUUAAUAUGAUACCAUUGAAAAUGCCAGCAGUUUUUUUUUUUUUUUUUUGGUGGAACUUGACAAACUGAUGUUAAAGUAUACAUGGAAAUGUAAACAGCAAGGAAUCGCCAGAAUAAUUUUGAACACCCUGAGCAGACUUACUGUCCUGAAUAGUGGGACUGAUUAUCAAGCUAUGGUAAUGAAAAGAAUGUUGUGUAGACAGGUAGAUCAAAUGACCAAACGAGUUCAGAUACAGAUCUGCUUGAUCUGGAAAUUUGAUUUAUUGCACAGGAGGCACUCCUGAAUAGUAGAGAAAGGACAGUCUUUUGAAUAGAUGGUAAUCUAGAUAUUCAUGUGGGAAAGAAAUGUGACGCCCGACCGUACAAACAUACAAAUUAAUUCCAAAUCCAUAUCAGUCUGGAUCCAGUCAGGAAAGAGAAGUCAAACAGUAAGUUGAAAGAAAAAGUUUACUAUGAAGAAUUUUUAACUGUAACAGGGAAUUGAAGUAACCAGAGAUGGGCUAGCAAGAAGUAAAGAGAACUUGAAAGCAGCUAAGAGUAGCAGAUAGGCAGAGCUGCUGCCGCCUCUAGGGCUGAGAGAGAGAGCUCCCAGGGGAAAGGCCCCUGGCCCCCAGGAAUGAGACCCGGACCUUGUCCUGAGGACACGCUGUGGCUUACCGCAAGGCCGAGAGGUGGCCGAGGUGGCUGUUGGCAUCGUGCUGGUGGAGCUUGGUAGGAAUCUAUCCUCUGGGACUUGGCAGAAGUGGCUCUCUAGUACAUCCUAGGAAAGCUUUUUUGUGGGGAGCUGUCUUACUGGGGGUACCCUGCUGCAAAUUCGCCCAAGGUGGCAGUGCCGGGGGAAGCUGCUGGCCGCCAGGCGUUGCUGGCCUCUGUCUGGAGGCCAGAGAAGCUGCUGGCUGGGUGCUGGGAGCUGCACGUGCUGCAGGAACUGGAUGUUGGAGAAGCCACCCGUGUUGCAGUGCUUAAGUGAAAACAUCUGGAAGGCUGUAUAGAUCAAGAUGCCAAGAUGAUGCCGGUGUUUUUUUCCCCUUGGCAAAUAAGAUUAUGGUGUCUCCCCUUCUUUGUAUGCGUUCAGCAUUUAUUUAAUACAUGUUGUUAACCAUUCUCUCCAUGCCAGACAUAGAAAUGUGCUUGUUACCAGAUAGUUGAGUGGACAAAAUAGACACUGAAGCCUAGUAGGAUAGCCCGCCAUUCUGUCAGGCAGGAGCUCCUCCUGAAUCAGGCACUGCUCCAGUCCCUGGGGAUGGGUGUAUACAGUGGUGAUAGAGACACCCUUUGCCUUCAAAGGGAAACAGCCAUUUAAGCAAAUAGUCAUAAGAAUAUGCACAUAUUUACAAAGUCGAAUAAAGGGGUAAUGAAGGGAAAGUGCAGGCUGCCAUAGGAGAGGUGGGUCUAAUUUAGAUUGGAAGCCGGGAAGACUUUCUUACGAAGUGAUAUUUUGUUCUUUUCAUGACUUGAGACAGGAGAAUGAGGAAGAGUUAGCUUGAUGAGGUCAGUGAUCAGAGAGGAGGUUCUGGACUGAGGGCAGAAGAGCCCUGGGGUGUGUGAAGAAGUGGGCAGGGAGGCAGGGAGUGGCUGGGGACGAGACAAGUUUGAGCCCCCAGGCCCCCAGGCCCCCAGGUCCCCAGGUCCCUAGGUGGAGUGCAGACCACAGCAUACUGCAGCUCUGUAAUUGCUGUAACUUGAAGCUUGGCUGUAAAGUGGAAGGUGGGGGUAGGGUGUAGAGCCGGGAACCUUGUGUUUUGUUUUACAGAGGUUGGGAGAGGGGGGGACAAGUGAUUUGUGUUGGGAGGGAGAGACCAUAGAGAGAAGGCAGUCAGGUAAACAAAUAUUGGAAUGUCUUACACCAGGCAGUAUUCUCCACUCUUGGAAUACACAUGAAACCAAAAAAGAAAUCUGUCUUCAGGGGGCUUACAUUCUAAUGGAGAAGACUGAACGUAAACAAAGUAAGGUGCUAAAUGUAUUGUAAAAAGGAAAACAAAUAGAACCUAUUAACGGGGAGAUAUAGGAGCUGAGGUAGGGUGGGCAGUGGGAUGUAAUUUUAAGUGGUACGGGCAGCAUUGAUGGAUUGGAUGUCACUGGAAUGCAGGAUACACCAGGGCAGAGAUUUUUGUUUUAUUCACUGCUGUACCCCUAGAGGUUGGAGUGGUGCGCGGCGCAUAGUAGGUGCUCAGUAAAUGUGUGAACGAUGAAUGAGACAGGAUCCUGGGGAUCGGAAGGAAGGAGUUGCGGAAAAACUCAGUCCUCCUGUGUCCCCCUAAAAUGCUCACACCCCGGCCAUGCUCCUAGCGCUUCUGACACUGGAUGUCGGAGGGGUUCUCUGCAGCACCAGCUGGGUGUCCUACAGUUGAACUCCAUUCUGAAGCUGUGUACCUGGAGAUAGCAUCAGAUACCUCCGGUUAAAGGCUCAGCCCCACGAGACCACUCCCAUCUCCUCUGAUGCCAGUGGCAAGUCCAGGUUCUCACCUGUACUUCUGAUGGGCCACAGAUCUGAGGUUCCCAUGACCCCCUCCUCGGCUUUGAUUAAUUUGCUAGAGCGGUUCACAGAACUCAGGAGAGUUCUUGUAGAAAGGAAAACUUAUGUCUAUCAGUUUAUUAAAGGACAUGAUAAGUUUUUUUUUUUUUUUUAACCUUUAUUUAUUUUUGAGAGACAGAGAAACAGAGUGUGAGCAGGGGAGGGGCAGAGAGAGAGGGAGACGCAGAAUCCGAAGGAGGCUUCAGGCUCUGAGCUGUCAGCACAGAGCCCGACACGGGGCUCAGACUCAUGAACCACAAGUUCAUGACCUGAGCCGAAAUCGGAUGCUCAAUCGACUGAGCCCCCCAGGUUCCCCUAUUAAAGGACACGAUAAAGGAUACAGGUGAAUCACCAGAUGAAGAGAUACAUAGGGCAAGGUCUGGGAGGGUCCGGAGCUUCUGUCCCUGUGGAGGUGGGGUAGGUCACCUGCCAUGUAUGGAUGUAUUUGCCAGCCUGGAAGCUCCCUGAACCCCAUACUGUUGGGGAUUGUGGAGGCUUCCUCGUUAUCAGUUGUUAACUCCAUUUCCAGCCCCUGUUCCCUCUCUGGAGGGUGGGGUGGGGCUAAAAAUUCCAAGCUUCUGAUCGUGGCUUCGUUUUUCUGGUGACCAGCCACCUUUCAGGAACCAUCCAGGAGGCAAUGUGAAGUUGCCUCAUAAGAACAAAAGAUGCUUCAAGUGCUCUUGUCGUUUAGGAAUAGACAAGGAUUUUAGGAGCCCUGUGUCACAGAUAGGGUUGAAUACCAAAUAUCGGAACAAAAGAAUCUUAUCAUUUAGGAAAAUUAUAAGGGUUUGGGAGCUUUGUGACAUGCAUGGGGCCAGAGACUAACAUACAUUUUCUAUUAUCUCACAUUGAGGGGCCAAGACGAGAUUAGUCGUGGAUGAAGAUACACUGUAGGGAGGGUCUGCAUAUUGUAGGGGUAUUAUUGCUGAUACCCCCAGUUCAGAUUACAGCAGUCACCCCUUAACUGUGGUUUGCUGUUUGCGGUAUCACCUAACACACAAUCGGAUGUGGUCUGGUAGCAGAUGAUCCUCCUCCUGACAUUGUCAGAGGUCAGUAGUAGCCAAACGCUCUGUCAUGGUGCCUAUGUCAUUCCUCUCACUUUAUGUCAUGAUGUAGGCAUUUUGUCAUCUUACAUCAUCACAGCAAGAAGGGUGAGCACAGUACAGUUAAGAUAUUUUGAGAGAAGGGCCACAUUCACGUAACUUUUAUUGCAGUAUAUUGUUACAGUUCAAUUUUAUUAGUUAUUAAUCUCUUAACGUAUAUAUUAAGCAUUAUCAGAGUACAUAUACAUAGGAAAAAACACAGUUUGUAGAGGGCUCAGUUCUCUCUGUGGUUUCAGGCAUCCACCGAGGGUGUUCCUCGCAGAUAAGGGGGGACUACUGUAAAUUAUAUUUGCUUUUAGAGGAUUUAACUAUAUUUUUAGAGGGCUUAAUUAUAUUUUGAAUUCUUUGAGUUAACUUUGUUUCAUGACAUUAGUUUUGUCCACUGUGUGUUUCUCAGUUAUAUUAAUAAUAAUUUACAUAUCUCCUCAUCCUCCGGGGUAUUACCCAGGUGAAAGGUGGCUGUUUCUAGUAAUUUAAAAAUCAAAUUGGUAGUAUAUAUUGAUUUAUAUAUUGAAAUUCUUUUACAACCUGUCUUGCUCCCUUAAAGCGGUGGUGCUGGUGGUGUGUGUGUAUGUGUGUGUGCGUGCGUGCGCGCGGUGGCAGUUUUAUGCCAGUUAAACCAGUUUAGCUAGAGUUCAACUGCAGCGCUUAUGUAUUGAGUUUAAAGUUACACUCCUUGCCGUUAUUCUUCCGAUCAGUUAACUGGACCCAUCCUUCAGUGAGUGUUUCAUGUAGCCUUUGCUAAGUUUCGCCUUGUGAUGAUCUUUUGUUUGCUUGAAAUCGUAUUGACAGACCAUAAUGCCUUCUUCUCAUUUAGGUAUGCAUGAAGAUUGCCCUUUAUUUGUCAAGUCUUAGGCUUUUU